CAUUUUUUGGUGGAAGGUCACCGUGGCGCAACUGGUUUCGGGGGCAAUGUCAGUUGUCGCGGGACGUGGAUGAGCUUCAUUCAGGCCAUGUAAUUAAUCCACCUCACAACUUACCCGCCCACCUCGACAUCGCGAUCGCAACAACACCUCCCGAUACUCAAUCCAUCCCUUCCAACACUCCUUUAACAAUGCUCGACAAACUCGUCGGCCUCGCCAUGCUCGUGGCCUCGUCGGUCGUUUUCCUCUACUACACCAUCUGGACCUUGUUAAUGCCCUUCGUCGACUCGGACCACCCCCUCCAGAACUUCUUCCCGCCCCGCGUCUGGGCGAUCCGCAUCCCCGUGAUCUUGGUGCUGCUCGGGUGCGCGGUGGUGGGCUCCUUCCUCAGCGUGGUGAUGAUCCGCAGCAACCGCAAGAAGGCGGCCAAGGCCAAGGCGGCGGCGGCGAAGAAGAAGGCUUGAUUUGGUUAUCAUUCGUUGUUCGUUGUCGUUGUCGUCACGGGUGUGGGGGAUAUAAGAAGGGGGAAAAAAAACAAGAUGUAUUAGCUACUGUUGAUUGGGGGGUUGUUGUUGGUGGCUGGCUGGACGGGCGUGUGGGCGCGCAUGUGUCUGUUCAUGAUAUCUGGUGUUAAUUCUGGCGGAGGGAGCUAUAGGGGGUGUGGUGUUGGACGGGAGGUCGAUGGGCUACGAAGGGAAUCUGCUGUAAUAGCGCUCGACGAAUAAAAACAAUCCAUAAACCACCAACUCCCUAGACGGUAUCAGGGAAGAGGCAUGUCAUCGUGUGGCUGCCGGAUAUCAAAGUCAGGUAGGCUAACAUCAUCAUCCCC